CCCCAAUCACACAUCAUCAACUUCAGCACCUCUACAUUGACGAUAGCGACGUUAACCCUCUCGGAGUAAUAUCGCAUUUUACUAUAGCUCAUUGCCAUAAAUAUUUUCAAAUUAAAAACCAUUAACGCAUCGUUUAUACCGAUAGGACCUCUAUUAUUCAAUCUGUGCGCUAGGUUGUGGUGAAGACCGGAACUGAGACCCCACUGACGAUGGCGGUUAUCGACGAAGACACAUUCUCCAACAUCCCGUGGAGCAGCAGUAACAAUGAGAGCGGGAUGGCUGGCUCUAGCUCAUCUAAACCUACUAUAGAAGCAGAACCCCCUAGCGCUCAAGCCCAACAUCAUGGUGCCGACCUAGAGCGCCUGGAUCCCGGCCUGUCCGGCGACAUUCUCGAGUGUAUCGUGUCCGAGCCUCGUAAGGAACAAGACGGUACUAAAGAUGCAUUCGUAUCAUAUUUAAUUACAACUCAUUCGACAUUCCCCUCCUUUCAAAAAUCAACCUUCACCUCUCGUCGUCGCUUUACCGAUUUCGUCUUCCUCUACAAGACCCUAUCUAAGGACUACCCAGCAUGCGCCGUACCACCGCUUCCAGAUAAGCAACGCAUGGAGUAUGUGCGAGGCGAUCGUUUUGGCUCAGACUUCACCAACCGACGAGGCUUCUCCCUACAACGUUUCCUCGCGCGCAUUGCCCUGCACCCCAUCCUCCGCCGAGCGCCCAUCUUUCACACCUUCCUCGAGUCCCCCGACUGGAAUGCGACUAUGAAGUCUCGUGCCUCUAGGACUAGCACGGCUUCCGACCAAGGGACCGGCGGCGUGUUUGACAACUUUGCCGACACCUUCAUCAACGCCUUUACUAAAGUUCACAAGCACGACAAGCGGUUCGUCGAAGUUCGCGAGAAGAGCGAUAAGCUGGACGAAGACUUAGGGCACGUGGAAAAGGUCGUGGCGCGGGUCGCCCGACGAGAAAUAGACCUCGAGACGGAUCUGCGAGACCUUACGGAGCAAUUCCAAAAACUGAUCACCCUAGAACCGGGCGUUGAGAGCGCGGUACAUGGAUUUGCGGCUAGUGUGGAGGACACGGCGACAGGGCUGAAAAAGCUUCGCGAGCACACGGACCAAGACUACCUAGGCAGUCUGCGAGAUAUGCAAGCGUACAGCCUCGCGCUGAAGAACCUGCUCAAGGCGCGCGAGCAGAAGCAACUCGACCACGAGCAACUCACCGAGUACCUGAACAAAUCAACGGCGGACCGUGACUCGCUGGCUUCGGGGUACGGGUACGGGAGCGCGGGAGCGCUAGGCGGUGCCGGGGGCUUCAUCCGGUCUAAGAUCGAGGACGUGCGGGGCGUAGACCACGAGGCCAGUCGGCGCGAACGCCUGCGCAAGCUUGAGAUGCGUAUCGACGAGCUGACGACGGAAGCCGAGCGCGCGAAGAAGACAAGUGAGGCUUUUGACGAGGAGGUUGUGAAAGAGGUUGUUGAUUUCGAGCGCAUCAAGCGCAUUGAGCUGAAGCGCCAGCUAGGUGGCCUGGCGGACGCGCAUGUCGAGUUUUACGGUAGCGUAGCGGAUGUCUGGGAGCAGUAUGUGCGGGAUAUGGAGAAGGAGGGAUUAAGCUCGUCGGCGUAUACGGGGUAAUUUUAGGGCGGGACGGGGGCGAA